AUGCAACUUAAUUUGUUUUGCAUAAGACAAUAUACCAAACAAGUUAAUCAACGCAAUAAACGCCACCGCCUUAACACAGCACAGGAUACAGUCGUUCAACGCCUCCUCUGUCACUCAAUUUGUGGGGGACGUACUAUUUUUGAACCGUCUCGUACUAAUGACAGCAAAUUGCCCCUCAGCGACGAGAAUAAACGGACGACGUCUCCUCCGGGAGAGCCGUUGGUGCGCGCUCCGGCUGGCAAGCCACGAUGUCCUCCCGCCAUUUCGCGGCUGCGCGUAGAAAAAGUUGAAGGUGGUCUGGCUGUAGCCGGAGUAGUGGUUGCUGCCAAUUGCCAGAUCAUUCUUCCGAUCUUCGGGUUCCUAUUUAUGCUCGUCGGAUGCGUGCUUACUGCGGCGUCGUAUCGCGGUUGCGGUGAAAAUGAGGAGCCCGACCACUACGCCGCAAGGAUCGCGUUCACGGGAAACUCACGUGUCCUUGGCCCUGUUUGCAUUGUCGCUGGCGCCCUUAUGACUAUAGCCGGUAUCGUCUUAUGCGUGUUGAUGCGCGCUGCCCAACGUCGACAACGUAGAUUAGCGUUUCAUUGUCCCAUACAUGGAGAUUUCUACCCUCUUAGUCCUCAGAUUAGCAGAAAAUACUCUCGUAGUCCUAGUGGUCUGUACCGCUGGUUAAGAGGCUGGCUCGGUAUGGUGGAGGAGGGCGAGGCGCCGCGGUGCCCUCGCUCCACGGAGCCCGCCUCGCCGGCACGCGCCGACGCGCCCUGUCCGCCGCCAUUACCUUUCCUAGUACCUAGUGAUUCUGUUGUAGGCAUGGCGUCGGUACUGGGAGCGCCAUUAAGUCCGGAACAGACGUUCGGUUCAAUCAAAUCGCUCGCUAUAUCGAGAGAGGUCGCUAGUUUUCCUCUGUCUCGAUCCCCAACUCCGCCUCCUUUAAGUUAUCCACCUUUCAAAGAAGAGUCGAAAAUCAUCGAGAAUAUCCCGAACUCUGUGCCUCGUUCAGAUUUCGACUGUGGGUCAACGACAUGUAACUACCGAGUUGUAGAAUGCAAGCUGACGACCACAGAGGAAAUAUGUCACAGUGCGCCCAAUCCGAAUGUACGCACAGACAACAAACACACAGACAAACAAAGACCUGCCACAGUGUGUAUCAUGAUGCCAGAUGGAAAAGGUUAAAUGACAUUACGCAGAUAAAUUAACAGUGUUCAAAUUUGUAAUGGCUGUACGUUUUGAUAUCUGAUUGAUUGCGACAUUUUUUAAGAGUGUAGACAUAUUUAAAGUGUGUAGACGACUAUAUGUUGAAAAGUUCGUUCGACGAGACCAUUCCAGAUGUGAUGUAAGGAUGGUUUAUUUUUUUAAAUCUGUAAUGUGGCUAUAACAAUUUUUCGAUUCUGCUCAAUCACAUUGGUCUUCCGCUAUCGCUUGUUUUUCGAUUCUCGAAAUCAAAAUUGUUGUACAGAUCGUUUUUGGAUGAUGAAAUAUUUUUGCACGAUUUAAACUAAAAAUAUUGCAAACGCAUUUACUUCUCGAAGAUUUAUCACGAAUCUUAACAGAAUAUUGUAUAUACAAUUUGACUAUAGAACAACACAAUGAUUUGCUACGCGUUGUCUUCACUCACUCAAAUUUAACCGUUUUCAAAGUAAAUUGUUAAAUGAGAAUAUCCAUUGUACGUAAUAUUCAUAAAAGAUUUUUUUUUAUAAUAAUUAAAUUGAAACUGUGUAUUAAAGUAUGACUUUUUAUAAUUUGUUAUUUAUUCAAAUAUUCAGAAAUAAAACGUAGUACUUUUUUACAAGAAAAUAAGAAUAAAUCCCUUGACAUCUGCUAAUGUGAUUGAAAACACUGAAAUUUUAUGAAACAUAAAAUUUUACAUUGUACAAAAAAAUAAUUUGCACUCAUUUUCAUAAAAUUGACAGUCUAGUCUAUAGCAUCUAAUUUAUUUUAUUGGUAACACUCGAGGUUUUGUCUAUACUAAUAGGUCACGUACGAUUUUUGGCUCAUUAGAAUAAUGUUGUUCCUAAUUUAAAGAAUUUUUUUUAUUAAAACUGUUAUUCAAUCGUUUAACAAUUAAUUUAAAUUGUUGCUAUAUGCCCUAUUUCUCAAUAAAUUAACACCUACAAUGUAGACCGUGGCUAGAUUAGUUAAAAUAUUACUUCAAUGAGAUUAUUUUUACUGUUUUAAUAAAGAAAUCUUAAAUAAGUUUGAUAUAAACUCGAGAAAUAUGGGUUAACUGGCAACACUCGUUUAAGAACAUAGAUAACAUAAUAUUAUAUAUAUUACAUAUAUUGUUAUAAGAAUAGUUUAAAAAUGUAUCCUAGUUUUAGACCCGAAUUGUGAUAUUUUCGUUUACUUUAUAACAUUGUUAUUAACUUUAAACUCUAUAACUGAAAUUUUCAUAACCCAUAGUCUAUGGAGAGUUUUUUUUUCAUAAAGAUAAUAAAAGAAACUGUUUCUCAUUUAAUUUGGGGAAGGAGCCAAAAAUGUUGCCAAAUGCAUUACUCACGUCCACUAUAAUGUUUUGUAACGUUCUCAAUAAAUAUGUGCUCACAAAAAGACAAUGUGUUAAAAAUGUGUAGGUAGAAAUCGUAGUACACGCGUAAUUAUAAAUAUUUUAGGCUAGACAUAUUAAACCACUUUGUUUUUGUGAUGAUGGCAUUUAUUGGCCGUGUUAUAUUCGAUAUGUAUUGUGUAGUGUAAUUUUUUAUAAUACAUAGUUAAGUGCCACGCCUAAGUAAUAUACUAUUUACAUAAUUAAGCUUAUUUAAUAUUGUUAUAGAUGUAAGGAUGAAGUGAAAAUACAAAUUUGAUUUAAAAA